UCAAGUCAUUUCUGAUUUGUACCUCGCCAAGUUAAUAAUUAGAAAAAUGUCUAAGCUUCUUAUUUUCAUUGCAUCAGUUGCAGUAGCAUCAUGUGCACAAAUUGAUCUCCAUGAACAUAUGAUGAAUCAAAGGCAGCAGCAAACUGAUAUGAAAAACUUCCAAAAUGAGAGAAUUCGGGAACAUCAAGAACUUACGCAACAACAAAUACAAUCCCAGCUUGAGCAGUUGAAUGACCAAAGACUUGUGCAUGAUCAAAUGAUCCGAGAUCAUGAACAGGAACGAUUAGACCAUGCUCGUGAGAAUCAACAUCAACGACAAAAUGUAAAUCAAGUCUUUGUUCCACAUCAGCAUCAACAAACUCCAGUCGUUAUUCACUUGCAGCCAGCUUUUGUCAGCAUUCCAUCAUCAACUCGCCAUUUAAAUGUGAAUGAUGACUCAAAUUACGAUUACAAAUAUGCAGUUACAGACAUGAUGACCGGAGAUAUGAAGACACACAAAGAAGCAAGACGUGGUGAUGAAGUUCAAGGACAGUACACAAUAUUGGAUUCUGAUGGAUAUCAUCGUACAGUUAAUUAUCGUGCCAAUGACCGUGAUGGAUUCGAUGCUGAAGUUAGACGUGAACCAGCUUAUCCAGUACUUUCUUAUGCUCAAAAUUACAACGGAUUCACAAACUAUCAAGGACAUCACAACCAACAUAACUUCAAUAAUGACAAUAAUCAGGAACAAUGGAACUAUUCUCAACAAGUUCAUUUUGUCCCACAACCAAUUUCAGUUGCUUUAACAUCAGUAACAAAAGUUGAUGAUGGACAUCACAAUCAAUAUUCAACAAAGACGACAACUGUUUAAUUUUUAUUAUGAAUGAACUGCUUCCAUAAAUUGUGAUAUUUUUGAAUGAUUGAAAAUUGGGAAAUAAAGGAUUAUUUAAGGAUAUUUAAGCAAAGCAUAAAUAGCUUAGUUUUAUUUCUGAAUUAGAGUCAUUUAUCUGCAGGGGCGUAGCCAGGAACUUGAAGAGGG